AUGCACCCGUUCUAUAACAUCAACCCGUCGCGCUACUCGACGAUGGACAUGUCCGUUACACCACGAUGGAAUACUACGUUUGCCGGUUCCCCGUGGAGCAGCUAUGUGGCAGGGAUGGCAGGUGAGGGCCCAUCACAAACAACUACCACUGUCAACGCUAGCACAACGGUGUCGGGUGUCAGCGCCUCCAUCAUGCUGUCGAUGUACGGAAGUGGGGUGUGGUUCCACGGUGACGUGGAUUCCGAGACCAACGACCUGUGGGAGGAUGGUUACCACCCUUUUCGGCAGCCAUUCAGCCUCACUCUCAACCAAGAGCUGCAAGCGUUGGAUCGGCCCAGCAAUGGUGAAUUGGCGGGCGUCGGCGGCCUGAACGUUCAACCUUACGCGGUGACCUUUCGCAACAAGGGAGGCACAUCGACAUUUAAGGCUGUCACUCUGGCACUAGGUAUCCAGACCGAUGCCGUCGAGUACUGGGUCCAGAACGGAGCGCAGAAUUCCUUUUUCACAUCCCGAGGUAACUGGACCGUGGUGCACCAGAUCGGUGGUGGUGGCGGACAGCAGCCUAUCCCUUAUGAGCACCUCGUCGGUAACGCGAGUAUUGCCAGCACCACGCCGCAAACUUCGUUUUUGGUCCCAGCCAACACGUCUCUAAUCAUGAUCAACGGUACCAUGGGACCCACACAGUACAAUGCCAAAGUCAAGUUAUCGCCCCCGGCUCCUGAUGCCUACAACAACGUUAACAACACCGGCGUCAAGUGGUAUGAAACGUACCACCAGUGGGUUGCCCGCGACGCCGUGAUCUAUGUCGCGGCCCUCGACCCAGCAACGGACUACAAUGUUACCAUUGUCGGUAACAGUUCUAACGAGUACGAUCUGUCCGAAAUUGGCUUGCACAGCGUCACUUUCUGGAACGCUACUUACAACACGACCAACACCACCAACCAGAGCAAUCCAGACAGCACCGGAAACAAUGAGAGCAACCCCCAAGAAAGUAGCAAAUCCGUAACCAGUCCCGGUACUAUCGCAGGAGCAGUCGUUGGUGGGGUCGUUGGUGUCAUUCUGGGCGCCCUCCUGGCGUACUUCGUGGGCAAACGCCUGAUCCGACAUCGUCAGCAGAAACGCCACAAAAAUGACUCUGGCACGUUUGUCAUAGACGAGAGUGGAGACGCUGCAGUGUAUACUCCCUACGAUUUGGAGAAGCCAGCACCUCACCACGCAAAUCUCGAAGAAUACUUCACCAGCUAUGACAACACGUCCGAACGCACCCAAUAG